UCUACAGGAAUACCUCUCUACAGCUGGUGAUCUUCUCUGUGCAUUUUUACCAGGAAUAUUCUCACAAUGAAAUACUCGCUUUAUUUGUUUGCUAUCAGCGCACUCUACCCUAUUUCUCAUGGAGACGUAGGGGAUUUCUCGCCCUGUGUAAACUAUUUCUACCGGGAUUGGCCACCCAGUGGGAUUGAGGGUACCCCCAUAUGUCAGAAUUACGAGAACAGGUAUCACUUCGCCACACUGUACAGCCGUGAGCGCCGGUCGCCGUGGUUCUCUGCGUACUUGUACACAACUCCAGCGGGUAAAAGGCCAAAGGGAAACUGGAAGUAUGAACCACAGCUGGCCAACUCCAAAGCCGAUGGUGCAAUGGUCCGUUUCCCCAUACCUCCUCACAAAGUGGACCAGAACGUGGUUGAGAGCCAGGCGGUGCAGCAGGACUACACAAACUCCAGCUACACCCGCGGCCACCUCAACCCCAGUCUGCACCACCAGGACCGCAUCGACCGCCGGUCCACGUUCACCCUGACCAAUGCGGUGCCCCAGACUCAGGAGUCCAACGGCGGGCCGUGGGCGGAUCUGGAGGACCACGUCAACAAGACUCUGAACCAGUAUUGUUUUGGCCGCGCACACAUUGUCACCGGCAUCAUUCCUUACCGGGUGGACCGCUGGCUGAAGGAUGAACACCGAGUGGCCAUACCCGAGUAUCUGUGGUCGGCUUACUGCUGUCCGUCCUACAGCCAGAACCUUCCGGAAAGCCUCAGGAAAACGUUCCCCACGUUUGCUGCCAUUGGCCGCAACGAUCCCAACAGCACGGAGGAAAUUGUUCCCGUUGACAGGACAAAGAAAGAGAAUGUCGGCUAUGACGUGAGGGCGAUGUCCCUCGCAGAUCUUGAGAUGUACCUCAGAGAGAGAUACAGGAGAGAAAUUACUGUUUUCAGAAAUCAGUGUUUGGAGUCACAAGAUUAUCUUUGAUUUUGGAAUUGGAAUGGUGUCAUUGCAAUGUGAUUGGCCCCAGAUGAUAGAUGUGAAAAUGGUGCUGAAUAUUAUCAGGUAGACUACUAUAAUAAAAUGUACUACUAUAAAUGUGCUACUAUAAAUAUGUGCUCCUUGAUAUAAGACAAUGUUGAAUAGAUCAUGAUUUCAUGUCAUGGCACAUAUUACAGGUGUUUACAGGAGACAAAAAAAAUAAUAUAUAUCCUAUUUUCUUUUCUUCAAUGACUUCCAAACUUACCUCUGCACAAUUUGACACUGGAUAAGUGGACAGGUUUCUUUGUUGGCUAUCUAGCACUAGCUUGAUAAGCAGGCCUCUGUGUCCUGUAGCUUUGAUUAACUAGAGCAGGGGUCUCAAACUCAAAUUACCGGGGGGCCGAAGAGCGUCCGGUCUUGUCAGUGGGGGGCCAGAUUUUUUUCAUCUGUUGGCUUGCCUAUCACAAUACUGUAGAAACCACUUUUGAGUGUGGCAAAUUUAGCAUGUGUGAUCAGUGGUACAAUGGUUAGUGUUGUUGAACUACAAGUAAAUCACCUGAGUUUCAAUUCCUGGGCAAUGCAAGACGCUCUUUGGAUAAAGGUGUUUGUUAUAGUUAAAUUUUUGGAUCACUUUGUCUCAUUGUGCAUCAGUGCUGUGGUGAAAGCCACAAACUCAUCAGUCAUAAGUCACAAGAUCAUUUGGAGUUAUGACAAGAAUUUACCACUAGGUGUCAGACUGAUACAGCAAUUCUCACAGUUAUUGUUUGUUUCGGAUGUGAUUAGUCACAGUGAUGAAGUCAGUAUGAGUUUCUGUCCCUCACUGACGAGUUUUCCUUCUUGAAAAAUGACACACACAAAACACACUUAUCGUGUGUGUACACACACUCACACACAUAUUAACAGUGUAACAAAAGCAAGUAAUGUGAUGCUUUGAUUUGAUAUGACCAAAUGCUUGACUUGCUUUGACAUAAUAAUAAAAGUAUAAUCUAUCA